AUGUCUGGUCGCGGUAAAGGUGGCAAAGUUAAGGGAAAGGCAAAGUCCCGCUCCAACCGUGCCGGGCUCCAGUUCCCCGUCGGACGUAUCCACAGGCUGCUCCGUAACGGCAACUACGCCGAGCGCGUCGGUGCCGGAGCGCCUGUCUACUUGGCUGCCGUGAUGGAGUACUUGGCUGCUGAAGUCCUCGAGUUGGCCGGUAACGCUGCCCGUGACAACAAGAAGACCAGGAUCAUCCCUCGUCAUCUCCAAUUGGCCAUCCGCAACGACGAGGAGUUGAACAAGCUGCUCUCCGGCGUGACAAUCGCUCAGGGUGGUGUACUGCCUAACAUCCAGGCCGUACUCUUGCCCAAGAAGACCGAGAAGAAGGCUUAA